UGAAUUGUUGAAUUUUUCUGGACAUAAUGUUAAAUGGACAAUAUGGACAUAUGUUGCCCAUAUACUAUCAUGACUGCUUGUUUGCUGUCCACUUACAGUCAGACAGUUCUACUCAGGGGCAGACUGACCAUUUGGCAACUCAAGUACUGCCCCAGGGGCCUGGGUCAGUAGGGGGCCCCAUGAGAUGCCCCUGGUACCUUUCAUGGGCUUUUUUGGGUGUGGUUUGAGUGUGGGCGAGAACACAGAGGCCCCAUGAUCCCCUAUUUCCUGGGGGGCCCCAUGAGUUGUCAGUCCACCCCUGUCCAUGUAUUGUCA